AUGAAUUCAACUAGUCAAAAUCAUGCUCCAACUGCAAGUAGUCAAGAUGUGGGAGGUUCGGGUUCUAAUCAACAAAAUACUGAUUCUGUGGAUCAACAAGAUGGAACAAAUAUUAAUGAUACAGACACAGUUUUUGAUGAAGAUGGAGAUGAAGUUGUUGGUUCGAAAAGGGCAAUACGUUCACCGGCAUGGCAACAUUUUAUAAAAUUUAAAUUGAAUGAUGAAGUUAAAGCAAGAUGUAAACAUUGCUCUAAAGUGUUGGGUGCAGAUAGCAAGAAUGGCACAAAACAUUUACUUGCACAUUAUCAGCGUUGUUUACACAAACCUUAUCCAGAUAUUCGUCAAUCUAUCUUGGUGCAAGAAAAAAAGAAAUUAGAUGGUACUACAACGCAUGUUUCAAACUAUACAUUUAAUGCUGAUACUUCUAGGAAGGAUUUGGCUGAAAUGAUUAUUGUGCAUGAGUAUCCGCUUUCAAUUGUAGAGCAUCAUGGAUUUAGGAAGUUUGUGGGAGGUCUUCAACCUUUGUUUAAGGUUCCUUGUCGAAACACCAUCAAGGACGACAUCAAAAGAAUUUAUGAUUACGAAAGGGAUAAAACUAUGAGUUUGUUAGCAAAGACCAAAAGCAGAAUUGCACUUACUACUGAUAUGUGGACAUCUAAUCAUCAAAAAAAGGAUUUAUGGCAAUGA